UUACUUAUGCAACAGAUUUGCUUUCCUGAACGUUUUUUAUUAUUAUUUUUUUUCAUCUACGUGCACACAUUGCACUAAAUAUACCCCCCCGAAUUAGUACUGAAUGUACUGUAGCCUCGAUACAGUACGUCCAUCACUACUAAAUCUUCUUAAACUCGUCUCGGUGUACGUCGGUUGACGCUUCUCAUUCUAGUUUAGCUUAGCUUAGCUUAGCUAACGAAGAGAUGGGUUUGUUGUCAACACAUCGCUCGUCGGAGAUCAACUUAAAGUGUUGUGAUUAUCGCGUGAAAUGUGUGCGAAAGGUGUGAAAGAAGAGGAACUAUUUUUUUGUGGGGGUGGGGGGAAUUAAGGCGCGACAACAUCAACUAAUUAACGCAGCUUAGAAGAAUCCUCGACAUUUUGUUAUACGGAGCAGACAACAGUGAGAAAAAAGAUCGUUGUCUUGAGCGGCAGGAGUGGAGCUCCAGGAUGGAGCAGCAGGAGCUGGAGCCACGCCACAUUAAAGAGGAAGAGGAGCCAGAGGACUUCCAAAUGAAAGAGGAAGAGGAACCCGAACCACCACGCAUUAAAGAAGAAGACCAGGAGGAGGGUAUCACCAAGUUUGUAUUGACCGGCGUCAUUUUAAAGUGUGAAGAAGGUAACGGUGACCACUGUGGAGAAUCUCAAUUAGGCAGCCUUUUAGCUCCAGUCUCGGAUAGUGACAACAUAACGUCACUGUCUUCCGAUGAUGAUGACGACGACGACGGUGAUGAUAAUGAUGAACAGCACUCUAAAGGGUAUAUGGCAUGUCACACUGGCAACAAACGAGUGAAAUGUGCUCAGUGUGACAAAACAUUUUUCAACAAGUCAUCGUUGAAAACGCACACAAGAACACACAGUGGAGAAAAACCCUUUGCUUGCUCAGUUUGUGAUAAAAGGUUCACCCAGAAGGGACAGUUAGUGGCACACACAAAAACACACACUGGGGAGAAACCUUUUGUCUGCUCAGUUUGUGGGAAAAGAUUCUCGAGAAAUGGAGAUUUAAGAACACACAAAAGAACACACACUGGGGAGAAACCCUUUGCCUGUUCAGUUUGUGGCAAAAGCUUCACGAAAAACACAAAUUUAAAAGCACACCAAAGAACACACACUGGUGAGAAACCGUUUGCCUGCUCAGUAUGUGGUCUUAGGUUCACUCAAAAGACAAAUUUAACAACGCACACAAAAUCACAUGCUGGAGCGAAACCUUUUGUUUGCUUAGUUUGUGGGAAAACAUUCUAUACAAAGUCCAAUUUAGCAGCACACACAAGAUCGCAUGCUGUAGAGAAACCUUUUCCGUGCUCAGCUUGCGAUAAAAGAUUCUCUUCAAAGACAAAUUUAACAGCGCACACACGAACACACACUGGAGAGAAACCUUUUGUAUGCUCAAUUUGUGGUAAACGAUUCUCGAGAAAGACGCAUUUAAGAGCACACACGAGAACACACACUGGAGAAAAAACCUUUUCCUGCUCAGUUUGCAGCGUAAGUUUCCGCGUACGUUCAACAUUGGUUCAGCACACGAGAACACACACCGGGGAGAAAACGUUUGUUUGCGCCUUUUGCGGGAAAGGAUUCAUGCGUAAGGAAAAAUUGAACACACACACAAGAACUCACGCUGACGAAACCCCUUUUUCCUGUUCCGUUUGCGGCAAAAGAUUUUCCGGGGUGAUGAGUUUAACAACACACACCAGAACACAUAGUGGUGAAAAACCUUUUGUCUGUUUAGUUUGUGCUAAAACAUUCACGCGUAAGGAAAAACUGAACAUACACACAAGAACACACACCGGAGAAAAACCUUUCGCAUGCACAGUUUGUGGUAAAACAUUCACGCGUAAGGAAAAAUUGAACAUACACGCGAGAACGCACACCGGAGAAAAACCUUUCGCAUGCACAGUUUGUGGUAAAAGAUUUUGCAAAAAGACAAGUUUAACAGCACACACAAGGACACACAGUGGUGAGAAACCUUUUAGUUGCAGUGUGUGCGAUGUAAGAUUUACUGAAAAGCGUCAGCUUCAGAAACACAAGUGUGCUGGUGAGAGGCGCAGCGGUCAGUGAAGCUGCGGAUUAAACUGAAGAAGCGAAGGCUGCGUUGGGAAUUGCCGCAUCAGUUGCACACCGUGCGGGUCCAGUAUUUUCAUCAGUCUCCCGAUCGUCUCUUGAGUCACCCACGUAGCCAGCCUGAAUGCCUUUUAAAUGCAUCAUCUUGUAUGCAUGGAGGAUACCAUAUCUGUCCAACUUGAUUCUGGACAAACAUUGCUGUAUCUCGCAGGGCUUUCCUCCUGAACAAAGAGUUCAGGAAAUAGUCACUUGCAGUUCGCAGGUUCUCGCGUGAGUUUGAUGUGUCCCGAUAACUCAGAAAAAAUGAGUCAGAAGAACAGGUGGGGAAACAAAUUCGGGUCGUGCCGACGUCAACAGGGAACAGCACGAGUCGGCCCGCCCCCACAAUAUCAAAAACAAGCGCCCUUAUUCCACACAGUGGCCAUUCGGCAGAAUUGCCGUUUUGCUUAGUCCUAAUAACUUGACCCAGAUCUACUAGUACAGCGUGUAGUUAGCCAUCAACGUAUACCCACAACUCGGAAGUGUAAUGUGUUAUUUGGGCUACAGCGUCUCUGCCAUCUGGCUGCUGCACGCGUUGCGUAGAGAGGCAGAAGACGUGUCUUUUGAAAUAAUUCACACAUUCUACCCGUGUGGAGUGUUUCGACAGCAAUUUAAAAAAUAUAUAAAUACUUAAAUGAAGUCACACAACUUAUUAGGACCGUGAGACACUGUAAAAGUCAUUGAAACCUUGGAUCGAUGUGCUCUUGAAUGCAGUUUUGUAAAUUAGCAAUCUGCCUUUAUACCACUCAUUGUGUGUCACGCCCUGGGGAAUGUAUGUGUAUGUUCCGUGUUUUCUAAAUAAAUAUGAAUGGGAAAAAAGUCGAGCCUGCUCUUUUUUUUAACUCCUUUUUCUCUCUCAAUUGAAAUUUUAUC